GUUGGGUUAGCACGUGGUUUCUCUGGGAACCAAUGAAGCACGGCAAUUUUGUCACCCGGUCCUGGUCCCCUACCCUGCAGACAAGGCCAAAGGAAGGCGUGGCCUGGACCUUGAGUGUACGUCCAGGAGUCUCUUAGACCCGCCAUCACAAAAGGGGAAGUUAGGCGUACUGACACCUGGUAGUAGUAGAGAACUUGGCAGCUCCGCCCCCUAGGCCUCCGAGAUGCUGCUGAGCCGGGUCACCUCCACUCCCUUCUCCGUGGACGACAUCCUCAGGCUGGAGGGUGAGCAGAACGAUGUCAAGACUCCGUCACAGUGGGAGUUGCAUAGGAACCCAGAAAAGCCUCAGUACCUAACAAUGGACCUGGAAUCGGGAGGGUCAGAGAGCGUCGGCGGCGACAGGGCACAAGCUGGAUCAGACCCUCUUCGGUUCUCCUGGGAGGCAGUCGUGGAGAUGGAGCCAGAGACUCCUCCGCGCGCGACCUCUCCGCUUGGAGCUGGGAACCCGAGGAUGGAGCGCGGUGCGGACGACUGCGGCGGCGACAGCGUACACCGAGGCGGCCCGGCGCCGGCCCGGCCGCGGCCGCGGCGGAAGCCCCGCGUGCUCUUCUCGCAGGCCCAGGUGCUGGCCCUGGAGCGCCGCUUCAAGCAGCAGCGGUACCUGUCUGCCCCUGAGCGCGAGCACCUGGCCAGCGCGCUGCAGCUCACGUCCACGCAGGUCAAGAUCUGGUUCCAAAACCGGCGCUACAAGUGCAAGAGGCAGCGCCAGGACCAGACCCUGGAACUGGCGGGCCACCCACUGACGCCGCGCCGGGUGGCAGUCCCCGUACUGGUGCUGGACGGCAAGCCCUGCCUGGGUCCCGAUGCUCCCGCGUUCCCGGGUCCCUACGCGGCCACCGCGUCCCAUUCUUGCUUCGGCGGCUACUCGGGCACUCCCUAUAGUGCUGGCUACGCGGGCCGCUACACCGGCGCUGGCCCUGGGCCACUCACACCACUGGCCAGCUCUGGCUUCAGCCCAGGUGGCCCGAGUGCCGCCCCGCAGGGCCAUCUGCCCGCUACGCUACAGGGAGUCACGGCCUGGUGAAAAGUCGGAGCUCCAUUAAGGGCCUGGUGCCUAGUCCCCUCCCCUUCCAGCUGCUCGCAUCCAGCGAGUUGAGCGUCCGCCAACGGGCUGGAAAGCGGCGAUCGGUCUUGCGCAGUCCUCCUUACUGAUCUGCCCAGAGGAGCGGCGCUGAGAACAUUCUUUCCCUCCGAGAUGUAGCUGGGCUUUGGCUGGCCACCUAGAUGCUAUGAAAAGAGGAUAGUAUGGUGGCUAACAGUUUGGAAGCAGGUGAUUCUGAGCCACAACCCACUUGAAACAAUUGCAAGCAUCCUGGAGGCCUGGGGAUCAAGGCUGUCCGCACUCCAUCCCUUAAAGGAACAAGUGCGCAGGGUAGUGGGGAUGCAGGGUUGAGAAGAGAAAAACAUCAAGCCGCUGAAGACACCAAAGGACACGAGCCUGAAAGUGCCCCAGACAUGGUUUUAGGGUUUAAGCAUCCUGGACCUCCCGGAACACCCACCGGAGAGCACGUUCCCUGGUGGUGAUCUCACCUCCAGAGAGGCCUCUCUACUCUCAGCAACUGCAUUUUGUUCAGGGAACAGCCGGACGAGUAAAUGAGCUAACUAUAUUCGGUGUGUUUGCGUGUUAUAGACAGCAGGACCCUCAAGAGGUUCUCAAAGGGCGUGGUGACAUGCACCUGUAAUCCCAGCACUCAGGAGACCCAAGCGGGAGCAUUGGGGAGUUCGAGGCCAACCUGGGCUACAUAAGGAGCCCCUGUAUCCAAAGCAAAAUAAGUCUAGGGAGAUAGUUGAUUCAGCCCUGAAGGUAGGUUAUGGGGUUUCUCCUAGUAACUUUUCUCCUCUUUGUAGAUACUCUUAGGGGGACAUUUAAAGUUCCCAUCAGGAAAAUAUCCCUGACCCCACCCCAGUCUAAUCUAAAAAGAUAGUGGAAACUUUAACUGUGGGAUCUUUAAAAUUACGAAAAAAUUUACAUUCCCCCAAUGUUAAGUUAUUCGACCUGAAGACUGAAAAUAAACUCUAUUAAUGGGAACACGAGCUCAAAUAGGAGUUUAUCUUUGGUAGGAGAAAUAGAGCAGGGGCUUGAAGUAGAAAAAUGUGCCACCAGCUUCCUUGGACUUCAUUUCCAACCACAAGAAUCCCAAUUCUGUACCCCCUCAACUGAUAUCAAAAGCUAAAUUCUAUUAUUGAACAGGUUUCCAUAUUUAAUUAAAAGGGACUCCCUCAGGUUUUCCCUGGAUGGCAUACUCCCAGGUUGUUUCCGUUGAAGUGAGGAAGGGGCGCGGGUUCGAUCUUCUCUGAAAGAUGCUCAGCUGUUGGCAGCUUGCAUCCCUUAAGAGUAAAAUGCCUAAGCAGGGGCAAACCAAAGACACUGUUCCGACUUAAAAUCUGCUGCCACUUUCUCCCUUCUACAUUUGUUCACUGGAGGAGGGAGGAGGUGCAUGCCUUGCCGUGGUGCCUAUUGUCAGAGGACAAAGAGAAGGAGUCCUCUCUCCUUUCACCCUGUGGCUUUGGGUGCUGGAACCCAGGCUUAGUGGCCAGCACCUUUAUCCACAGCACCAUCUCUAUGCUUCAGUAUCACUUUCUCUCAGACCUUCCUUUUGUUCUCUUCCUCUUGUUUUUCAUUUC